CUACUGUAAAUAACAUCACAAGAUUAGAACUACGAUAACAAUAGUUUAUCAUGAUAAUCCACUACCUUUGAAAUACACUCGAUAUUACCUGUCACAUGUCUUUCUACAAAAUGAUAUGACGAAAACUGCCCGAUACGAUGGAAGAACCACACAGGAUACACAUAAGGGCCUUCCGAGUUGUUCCCUCCUCCAGUGCUGUUCAGAUCCCACAAUGGCGCGGAUGGAACUGAUUCUCCUGUCCCUGCUAGCGGUUGCCGUCACUGAGAAGGCGCUGGCUACAGGACGUGCGUCCAUCGAGACCUGCAAUGGAGACUGUGACCAAGUGCAACAUGAUGCUCUUGAACUUAGACAUACUUCUCUCCGGAAGCGUCGUGACAGCAGAGCUGCUAUCCACGCAGAAGAUGGGGAAAGCGACAUAACAGCUGCAACUACCGAAACUGCAAGCCCCACAUUAACAAUUACCGAAACAGCUACACCUACAGAAACAACUACAAUCACACCAACUACAACUACCGAAACUACACCUACAGAAACAACUACAAUCACAACACCAACUACACCUACAGAAACAACUACAAUCACAACACCAACUACAACUACCGAAACUACAACCACAACGCCAACUACAACUACCGAAACUACACCUACAGAAACAACUACAAGCACAACACCAACUAUAACUACCGAAACAACUACAAUCACAUCAACUACAACUACCGAAACAACUACACCCACAGAAACAACUACAAUCACAACACCAACUACACCUACAGAAACAACUACAAUCACAACACCAACUACAACUACCGAAACUACACCUACAGAAACCACAACACCAACUACAACUACCGAAACUACACCCACAGAAACAACCAUAAGCACAACACCAACUACAACUACUGAAACAACUACACCUACAGAAACAACUACAACCACAACACCAACUACAACUACCGAAACAACCACACCUACAGAAACAACUACAAGCACAACGCCAACUACAACUACUGAAACUACACCUACAGAAACAACACCAAGUACAACUACCGAAACAACCACACCUACAGAAACAACUACAACUACCGAAACAACUACACCCACAGAAACAACUACAAGCACAACACCAACUACAACUACCGAAACAACUACACCUACAGAAACAACAAGCUCAACACCAACAACUACAGAAACAACUACAAUCACACCAAUUACAACUACAGAAACAACCACAAGCACACCAACUACAACUACCGAAACAACUACACCAACAGAAACUACACCAACUACAACUACCGAAACAACUACACCCACAGAAACAACCACCCCAACUACAACUACCGAAACAACCACAAGCACACCAUCAACUACAACUACAGAAACAACUACAAGCACAACACCAAGUACAACUACCGAAACAACUACAAGUACAACACCAAUCACAACUACAAGCACAACACCAAUUACAACUACUGAAACAAGCACGACACCAACUAGUAUUACUGAAACAACUACAACUACAGAAACAACUACAAGCACACCAACUACAAUUACCAAAAUAACUACAACUACAGAAACAACACCAUCUACAACUACAGAAACAACUACAAGCACAACACCAUCUACAACUACAGAAACAACUACAAGCACACCACCUUUUACAACUACCGAAACAAGUACAAGGACAUCGGUUACAACUACAGAGACCACCACUACAGACAGUACCACUAGAUCAUCAUUGUGGGUUCCCACGCUCACAGUAAUGUGCGGAAUGGCACUCUUCUUCUGGAAAGUAACAUAAUCAUGUGUUUCGGGACGGAAGGACCUCAGUGCACCGAUGAUAUAUAAGUUAGGACCUUCAUAGUAGUUCCGUAACUGUGACAAUAAGAACUUUAUUUCAAACAAUAUUUAUUGGUCGCAUCAUGCAUUUACGACCAUGCAGAACAUUGGGGCACCAUUACAAUAUAUACAAUUACCUAUUAUAUACCUGUGUUUUUCACAUGCACGUGCACAAUAUGCAGGCUGUGUAAAAAUACCGCAUUGUAAGAGACGUAUAUCUAUUGGAAAUGUCUGCUAAAGCCCUGAGGUACCUUGGCAUGCCUCCCCAUUUGAUCUGCAGACCACAUUUCUGCACACAGUGUCAGCUAAGGUACACAUAUGAAUUCUAUGAAGUUGGUAGUUAUUCUCAUAAGAGAGGAAGAUGUUUACUGUCUUACAUAUGUGAAAUCCAAUAUUAAACAAGUGUACUUAGUUGACUGAAAUACAAAAUUUGUACAAUUUUUCGUGUUGUUGUUUCAAAGAGCAGUAUGUGACUUCCUUUUUUCAUUUUCCCUGUUUAACGGAAUUUUUAUUUAUUUUCUUAUUCUCCUUUUCCUUCUUGAUAUAUUACGCCCUCUGGCUUGUUCCCAUUCAGAAUUAGUCUGAUAUUGUGAAUCUUAGGGGAGAUCAGUAGGACUCCUUGGAAGGGGGAUCAGCUCAUAGCCAGGCAUCUACCUACAACAUAAACACAGAAAAAACGCAGA